CUUGCCUCCAUUCUUCAAUUCUAGAUUCUGACUCAGUAGCCCUGAGUUGAGACGCUACACGCGACGCACGCAUCAGUUCAAUGUCAAAGUACAAAAUACAGUAGUUAGGUAAAUACGCGAGACAUCAUUUUUUGAAGUUCGAAGUUUAUCUAUUUACUAAUUAUAAUAUUAUCUUUACGCGUGCAUCGUUGUCGAAAAAAAUAUUAAGUAUAUAAAAGUUUAGUUGUGAAUAAACGAUCAUUACUAACGUAGUAGGACUUAUUAGAUGCAAGUGUUAACGUGAUUUUAUUUUAUUUUAAAGUAACUACUUUAGUGAUUUAUUAAAGGACACCCAAAAUGGCACCGAAUACAGUAGAUGCAAAUGGUGUGUUAUUUGAGACUGACGCAGCAACUCCUGACAUGGCUCUUCCAAUCACUCCAGUCCAACAAGCAGACAGCAGUCCAAGAAAAUUAGUUUGGAGAAACAUAAUUGCAUUUGCUUACUUACACAUUGCAGCACUGUAUGGAGGAUACCUGUUCCUUUUUUCAGCAAAAUGGCAAACUGAUAUAUUUGCCUAUGUUUUGUAUGUGAUGUCGGGAUUGGGCAUAACAGCAGGAGCUCAUCGGCUCUGGGCCCAUAAGUCGUACAAAGCGAAGUGGCCUCUACGCGUCAUCCUUGUCAUCUUCAACACUUUGGCUUUCCAGGAUUCAGCCAUUGACUGGGCGCGCGACCACCGCAUGCACCACAAGUACUCGGAGACGGACGCCGACCCGCACAACGCGACGCGCGGCUUCUUCUUCUCGCACAUCGGCUGGCUGCUCGUGCGCAAGCAUCCCGAACUCAAGAGAAAGGGCAAAGGCCUGGACUUGAGCGACUUGUACGCCGACCCUAUACUGCGCUUCCAAAAGAAGUACUAUCUCCUCCUCAUGCCGAUCGCGUGCUUCGUUCUGCCCACGAUCAUACCCGUGUACUGGUGGGGCGAGAGCUGGGUCAACGCCUACUUCGUAGCGGCCAUGUUCCGCUACGCCUUCAUCCUCAACGUCACCUGGCUGGUGAACUCCGCGGCGCACAAGUGGGGCGACAAGCCCUACGACAAGCACAUCCAGCCCGCCGAGAACAUCUCCGUAUCGGUGUUCGCUCUCGGGGAAGGCUUCCACAACUACCACCACACCUUCCCCUGGGACUACAAAACCGCCGAGUUGGGCAACAACAGGCUCAACUUUACCACUAACUUCAUCAACUUCUUCGCUAAGAUCGGCUGGGCUUACGAUCUUAAAACGGUAUCGGAUGAAAUAAUUCAUAAUAGAGUCAAGCGUACCGGCGAUGGAACUCACCAUCUCUGGGGCUGGGGCGAUAAGGAUCACUCCGCUGAUGAGAUCAAAGCUGCCAUUAGAAUCAAUCCCAAGGAUGAGAAGGAUGAUUAAAUGUUGAAACUUAACACAAAUAACACAACAUUCGUACAAUACACGUAGUUUAGUUAUAAAGGCCCAUGCGUUCAUUACGUCACGUUUGUUAUUGGAUGAAGAGGUCAUAAUCAUGUGACUGUAGAUUAGUUUAAAUACUUCUAUUGUAAUGCCAAGAUGAGUGUCGUCAUCUUUUAUCAAUCCUUUUUGUGUAUUUCCAUUCUACGUCAUUUUCGCGUAACUGAGAAUCGACUGAAAGCCAUUGAACAAAAAAUAGAGCAUAGGAAUGAUAGGAACGUCGACUCAAUAAAUUUAGAAUCAAAGUACCUACAUAUUUUAAAUUUUAUUUUUAAUCAGAAUAGUCAACUAGAUGUAGAAUGCAAAUAAGAAAAACAUUAAGUAACAAUGUAGGUAAAUAUUUCAUUUAUUUAAACAGUCUGUAAUAGUUUAAAUGGGUGGAGUAAAUCGAAGGUGACAGAAGGUCAAAAACUUCGGCGAGACGUAAUUAAUGAAUGGUGCGUGUAACAUUAUUGUGAUAAAGAAAACACUUGAUGGUAUCUUAGAUAUCUUUUUCCACAUCUUUUUGAAUCUGAUAUCUCGUCAGAAAGACUGAGAUCGAAUAUAAUGUGAAUGCGAGGCUAUCGAGGAAACCUAAUACUUGUUAUGUUUGAUUUGAACAGUUUAGUUGAUUGCUUAAUUUAAUUUUCCUCAUCGAAAUGAGGAAAUGUGCAAUAUAAUUGAAUAGAAUGCUAACGAUACUGGCAUGGGCAUAGAAUUAUAAUGAAACACUAUCUAUUACUUCGCGAAUAGAUUUGGUGACAAGGUUUCUGCAUAGCCUUGCAAGUAAGCUUCGAAUAAAAAGAUGAAAUAUUUUGAAAAAAAAGUAUCGUUUAAAAUAUUUUACACUUCCUAUUAGAUUCUACGGAAUUAGAACUUAGGUUUGCUACUAACCCAGAGAUAAAUGUAAAUUUACAUAUCUUUAGCGUGCACUGUUUACUUAUUACUUGAGUUUAAUUUUUCGUGUGACUAAGGCACUCAACACAGACAGCGUUCCAACAUUCGAAUACAUCAAAUAUAAUAUGCUGUAAUUAGUUUUUAUAGAAAAUAAUGCUUUCAAAGUUAGCGAUGCGUAAUGGUGAUUUCCAUAUUUGCUGAGUAAGUUUGCAUAAUAUGAUAUCAACCGGUUUUCGAGUCGCCGAAAAUGUAAUAAUGGCACAUAACUUUUCACCAUCGUCGUAGCAAUAUCGGUUACGAUGUACCGCACUUUUUGCAGAACCCUGAUGCCUGGUACUUUUCUUCCACAUCUUGUUAGACCAGAUCAGAUCAGACAAAUGUUGCAACCAGGUCUUACCACGCGAUUCUUCUAGUGCUACAGAUGGGCGAUGGCAAACCCGUAACAUCCCGUCAACAACAUGAUAUUUCAACCAACUGCCUCGUUGGUCUAGUGGUUAGCAUGGUCGACUACGGAUGACGGUUCGACACUUGGGUCGGGCCAAAAAUAGUCAGGUAUUGGAAUUUUCUAUUCAGAAAUUUUCAGUACUAUCCCGGAGUAAUCUGACAGUGUGUCCCUGUGCCUCAAAGAGCAUGUAAAGCCGUCGGUUCUGCGUUUGAACUCCCUCCGAUCGUGUCGGAUUUCCGUCCCAUCCUAUGAGAGUGAGGGAAUAAAGAGCAUCUGUUUUUCCACACACAUGCACUAUAAUAUCUCCCGCGAUUAAUCAACUGGAUUAAUCUCUAAAAAGGUUGGCCGUUGCCGAAAUUCGGUCGAGAGGACAUGAUUAUUAUUAGUUAUUUCAAACACAAAUGCCAUUCUGAUUCAUGAUGCGAAAAUUUUUGUAGUGGCUAGGUACCUAUUGAGUUUGACUUUCCUCAACGUUGUUUUGAAGUAAGCCAUAAUGUGUCACUCAUUAGGACCGGGACCUUGCUCAUUUUCCUCUCUUUAUUUGUUUUUUUCUUUUCAUCCUUUAUCCGAAUGUGACUUUGGUUCAAAAGUAAAUUGGUUUCCGCUAGACUAAUAGAAUUUAAGCAUUCUAAAUUUUGUUGAUGAGAUAAUCAGCUCGCCAUUAUGAAAGGAUUUAAAAAAUCUUUGGAACAAGAGUUACUGAACUUUUGGAAAGCGUUUGAAUCGCGUGCGUUGAUCGCGUUUUGUGUUUGGUGCCUAACAUGCAUAGCAUAGCUUCUUUGUGUAUGAAAGUUAUACAUCUGAGUAUACAGUGAUAACGAUAUGUAACACAUCAGUAUUAUAUACCACAUACAAAAAUAACCAUGGGUAUUGUCACUAGUCUUUUGCAUUUGUAGCGAGUUACUACUAUUAUUUUGUUAACAGUUGACACAACCCAAUAACUUAUUUUUGUUAACUUUUGAAUAUUUAAUGUUUUAGUUUUAACACUCUAGGGAUACGUAUAUUAGGUAUGUGGUCUGUGAGACUAAGCGUAGGCAAGAGGCAUUGUACGACCAAACAAGUGAGAUAUGCUAAUUGAAAAUUCAAAAAAAAUCCAGUCAUCGUACCGGUGUGAAAACCAACAAAACUUUAUGAUUCUUUAUAUUACUCAUGCAAUGUUAUUUGUUUAAACAGUGUCAAAGUCCAAAAAAAAUAUUAUGAUUGGUCGUUUUUGAUGUCCAGCUAACGACGACAUCCCUACAUCGACAAGUGACUGAAUUUCGGCAAUAUCGAAUGUAUAGAUAAAGGUGGAUCGAGCGCUCCUAAUACCUACUUGAAGCAAAUACCUACAGUUAUUAACUGCAGGAAAUAUUGUACAUCGGCCUUUAGAAAGGAAUUUCGGCUUCGUAGAGCGUUGUCUCUGUCACUCAUAGUUAUGUGACGUUUUGCCGGUCUCCACGACAGAGACAACACUACGAAACCGCUCUUUCUAAAGAUCGAUGUUCAAUAUUACCUGUUGGGUACUGUACUUAUCGCUGUCCCACUUCAACUACUACCACAUUAUUAGUGUACUUUGUAGGAAGUAGACUACAAAAAUACUCUCGCUCGGUAGUUAAAGUGGUAGUAGCCAGUAGUAGUGGUAGAAGAUAGUGAUAAGUAGAUAUUUGCUUCAGAACCUCGAUAACUCAAAGGUUGAGAAGCGGACUGAAUUCCGAAAAGCCGGCGGUUCAAACCCCACCUGUUGCACUACUGUCGUACCUAAGGAGUAAUAGUCAUGAUUAACAUGGCUAAUAUUCUUUUAUAGGUAUUAAAAGCGCUCAAACCGUCUUCAUGCACAUAACAUAUUCUAAAUUUCAAGUAGCUUUUCCGUUUUUUAGGUUUUAAUGCAAUCUUUAUUUAGUGGAAGCUAUAAUAAUAAUAAUUGUCAUGGACAAAAUAUAGCUUCCUGGGUAGGUGUCUACAAUGCCUAUGAUUUUGGACUGAUGUGUAAAGAGAAAUGUGAUAUGGUAGAUGUGUAAGUAAAGUAGGCAACGAUAUAAGUGUUCCGCUAGAUGCGGCGCUUCAUAGUAACAACAUCAACAAACAUCGGCCAGCCCGCACUUCUGUUAAUCCUAAUUAAACUGGUGUGAUAACUCUGGAUUACAUAUUAUUCACGUUAUCGUAUUAGAGUAGGUAUCGGUAGCUUUAGUACCUACAGUCUGUUCUAAAUUAUCUAUAUUCGUAAAAACGGAUUGCGUCUAAAGCGGAUUACGAUUUAAGAUUGACAGGAGUGAGGACAUUAACUAAGUACCUAUACUUAAAGUGCGGACAUCGAUGUUCGUUGGAACAUAUUGUUACUAUGAAGCGUUGUAUUUAGUGGGACAUUUAUAUCACUGAAAGUAGGAAAGAAAAAGGUAUAUCAUCAGUGGAAUUUUGUAUUUAUUAUAUUUUAUUUUUCAUUUACACAAAAGCACAAAUAAACAAUACAAAAAUAAAUUUAUCGUAAGUAAAUAGAUGUUUUAACCACCAUCUGAUUGUUUUUAACUCAGGUUCAGCUUGCCUCAAACGGUGUUUUAAGCCUAGCGUCCACUAGAGCCCAGUCGGGUGUCAUUGAAAUUUAUGGAAGUAAACAUAAUAAAUUUGUUUCGGGGCGCAAUUACAUAGUAACUACCUAAAUAUGUAUUAUGUAGGCCCAAAGUUAAGCGAUCUGAUUCGGUGAACUAAUGGACGCUACACCUUAUAUAUAAAUUACAUAAGUACCUAAUCACGAAUAUAUUUUAAAACAGCACCGUUUCGUGCGACCUUGUGUGACUUGAAUAUCGCACGCCGUGUGAAGUAAGCUUUUAUAGAUAUAAUAUUAAGUGUUAAUUAGGCAUAUGCCUACAUUGCUGUUCUAAAAUUAUAACAGUGCAAAAUAA